AUGCGACGGAGUCCCAAGACCGUUCUCCCGCCGGAGAGGGUCUUCUCCAUACAGAUCGGGACAGAGCUAUUUCGUCUUUCUGGAGCGUCCAUUGCAUCCGAUGCUCCGUCCUACUUCUCUCAAUUCUUCGAAGAACAGAUUCGUCAGAACGGUGACAAUCCCAAUAUCCGAACCCUAUACAUCGAUCGCGACCCAACCACGUUCAAAGAGAUCGCCAAACAUCUACAGGGGUAUCACAUCCAGCCGACCAACGGCUCGCAGUUCGUCAAAUUCUUUGCCGAUGCUCAGUUUUACAGCUUACCACGCUUGAUAUCGCAGCUGUUUGAGUCACAGAUCUUCAUCCAGAUUGGCGAUCGCAACUUCCAGAUCCCGCGCGACAUCUUCUCCGGGCCGGGCGACUCGCCGAACUUCUUCUCGUUGGGCUUCGCGGCUUUCUUCGCCUCGCCCGCCGAGGUGUUUCCAGGCCUGGUGCGACAGGGUCUUCUCCGGCCGCCAGCCAUCACGCCACCCAGCGUGCCCAAUCGCUCCGGGGAAGUGUUUGCGCAACUCCUUCACCUGUUACGGGGGUACCCGUUACGCAUCCGGAACGAGGAGCAUCGCGCGGAGCUCCUUCGGGACUGUCGCUACUUCCACUUGCGGGGGCUCGAGCAGAAGAUCAUCCCCCAUCAUAUCAGUUACAAUCCCAUCUUGGCGCGAGACGAGAUCAUCAUCCGUCUGGAAGACGUGCGCCGGUCGGGCGUCCAUCUCGAGCAGGGUGACAACGCGGGUGGUAGCAGCUGGGUGCGGUACUCGCGUCCGUUCGUCGACGAAAAGAAAUACGACCUAAUCGUCGAGAUCGGCGACGAAAGCACUAUCCUCGAUCUAUCCACCAAGCAUCCUUCCUUCCUGAACCUCACCAAAUCCCGCGUCACAAGUCUCCUUCAGAUCGUGGCUAGCAAGAAGCUGGCGGAGCUGGGGGAUCUCUCUAUCAGCGACGAGCAAGUAUGGUUCGUGACGGGGCCGGAUACGUGCCUGAUCGUGGACGGGGAGCAGACGAGUUUCCGUGACGUGGUCGGAUACUCCACACCAGAUGCAGGCCAGACGCCGCAGGAGUUCCAGAAUAAACGGAGACGGAUUGAGGAGUCCGCCAACAGCCGCGUCUGGGUCGUGCGGACGGGACAAUGGCGGAUCUGUGUGCGGCCGAACGUGAACCAAGGAAGUCUGGACUUCCUGUUGCGGGCAGUCAAGUUAGAUGUCUAUACCCAGGAGACGGUUCGCAAUCGCGGGCGACCAUUCUUAGGAUCGUGA